AUGGCAGCACCUGCAAGUGAAGAGCAACAACUAAUUUCAGAUGAAUGGACGGUGGAGGUCAAAAGUUUUCUGGAAGAAAGGAAGAGAGGUGUGACAGUUGUUAGAGCGAGUAUGCGGGUGCCAAGAGCUCUGAUUAAUGCGAAGUCGGAGGCAUACAUUCCUCAAAUGGUCUCUCUGGGUCCGUACCACCAUGACUCUCUGCAAGAGGAAUCCACGGGACCGUCCCACAAACGCCUCAAACAUCUUUCUCAGAUGGAUAUUUACAAGCUCAACUCUACAAUAGACGCAACAAAAAACAAGCCAGUCGAGGUCUUUUUCACACAAAUAAAAGAGAAAGCGUCAGAAUUUGAGCAGUUUUACGACUGGAAGAUCAACGACCAAGAAAAGUUUGGGUGGAUGAUGAUGGUAGACGCGCUAUUCCUCUACCAGUUUCUGAAAAAUGGGCUUCACCUUCUUCGACGGGAGGUGACUCUAAGACACGACGGGUAUGGUGAAAUUCUUACUCCUACACUCACAAGUAUCAGAUGUGAUAUUGUGAAGCUGGAAAAUCAGAUACCCUUUUCCCUUCUCAAACAAAUAGACAGUGAUCUGAAAUCCAAUACAGUUCAACCUUUUCUCAAGACCCAAAUAUCUCAUCUCUCUUGCUUUUGA